GCAAGGCCGUGGUUUACGGUUGGACGAGUCCUUUGAAUAUGGAUCUGUUUAAUGACCUGGAAAUCUUCAUCCCUCUGGAGGCUGAGGUGAAAAGCGUCCCCCUGCACAGCUUACCCAAGUCCGUGCUGAGGCGUAUAAGCAUCUCUGUUUCUGACCAUCAGGGCUCAAGGAUGCUCGCAGACUCUCACCAUUGCAUAUGGAUUUGCCCAGCAGUCAUACGGCAUGAAGGCCAGAAGGCAGUCACCCAGACUCUUAACAGUGUCAAAGAAAACAUGACAUCCCUGUUGGGUGCAAGUUGCCUCAACCCUGUCUACGUUCCUUUUGUCUCUGCUAACCACACAGCUUAUGAGGUGCUAAAAGAAACCAUGCCUGGAACAAAGGUCUCACACACACAGCAGACUUGCCUGAUACCUCAUGGAUCACCAUUACGGACACACCAGGUUGCUCUGGUUAUCUACAACAGACGCAUUUUCCUGUCCAUUAAAAAGUCCGGUAAAAAACAAGAGACACAUCAUCCACAGACAGCCGCCGAGAGCUCCCCUCCCUCAACACCAGCUCAGUCACAUGUCAAGAAGAUACAGGAGGAUGUCACGAACCAGCGGAGCCAGCCUGAGACGACAGUCCAGAGGAAGAGACAGCACACAGACACACUUCUCAGAGAGCCAGAACUACAGAGGAAUAAAACUAGCAUCUGUAAAAGGGCAGUGAAUGAAAAUAAGGAGGAUGUCUGUGACAAGGGUGGAGAUGCCUCAGCAUCUAAGGCCGUACAGUCUAUCCCACACCCUCCUGACAGCAUUCAUACAGUGGACAAGCUGCAGGGACAAGCCAACCUGAAGCUAGCUGGGUUCCAAUCUGGCAGGGAUCAGGAACAGAAUGAGGACAAGGAACCCGAGAAACAUUGUGAUGACCGUGACAUGUGCGAGCUGCCCAAUCAGAGCAAGGACAACAUGAACACUUACCUGCAUUUGAAUGAUUAUGAUCAAAGUGAAGACCAGAGCUGGAGCAGGGGGGAGUCCACAUUUCUGUCACAGGAGGUAGACUUUCAGGCACUGGAACAGGAUGAGAUUAUUGCGCGCAUGGAGGCCAGGCUCAGACAGCGUGAAGCUGCUCUCCACAACCUGCACACUCCAAAAUGAUAUGUCAUCUUCCAGGUUGAGGACCUGUUACCUGCACACUUAUUGUCUUAAUUUGGGGCCACUGUUGGCUGAAGAAUCACUAAAUGCUUCAGUCAUUUGCAUGCACACCUGUUUUUUUGUUUUGUUUUUUUUUUCUUUUCUGUAGUUUUUUGUCUGUCUAGAGUGGGGGUGUCUCAUUUCAGUUAAGGGGCCAUAUACAGCCCAAUGUGAUCUCAAUUGGGCCGGACUAUUAAAAUAAUAUGUGUAAUUACAUAUAAACAAUAAUUAAAAAUUUUCUUUUUUUUUUCAUGUGAAAAAAGUAUAAUUAUGUUAUGAAAAUGGCAAUAAACUGAACAACCAUUUCAUU